AUGUAUCCGAGCCUUCCACCUUUUAUCCUCUUUUCGACCGACAUAUUUCACCCAUUAAUAACUCCCCUGACGACAUAUAUGUACACAACAGAGGUUCAAGAUUAUGGUACUGUCAGUGCGGCUGAUCAGGAGCGACUGCCCCCGGGAGGCUUCAGUCUGAGGCAUGGGUUCCCAGAGUGGUUUGCUCGUGGAAGGCGUUCCGAGUCUUCUGGAAGAAAGGUCAGCGGCGAAGGGAAUGUUAGUUCAGGGACUAAUCAAACGAGUGCGCCGACGGAGGGAAGCGUCACAUCACCGGAGCCAUCCAACGCAAGCUCCCCGGGCUACAGGCAGAACCAGCGACCUAACAUAUCUAUAUACAGUGUGCUCAAGUAUAUUAGAAGUACUUUUGAUACGUCAGAAGUACUUGACACGGUUCCUUUAGCUGCUGCGGGAAAUCCUGGAGCCUGGCACGCGUGGCGAACUCAUCGACGAAAACAGGGCAAGCUCUCGGACCAGGCGUCAAGCAGUAGUGAGAAUGUCGAUGCGGACGGGACUAAAGCCGGCUCUCCUGGGAAAACAGAAAAGCCUGUUCAAUCUCCUACCACCGCCACACGACGACCUGGGGAGUGGAAUUGGGAUGGCGUGUGGGAAGAUAGAGUCAAGAAGGGCAUCGCUGCAAGCCUUUCUGAGCCUGUGUUGUACGGAGGAUCAGGCGUGCCGGACGAGAUGAUUCGCUUCCUCGCAAUGGAGGAGGCUGAUGUGGAGUCUGUAAAAGAAAACCUUCGUCGUACACUCGGCAGCGCUGCUUGA